GCGUAGUCAGGCGGUUGUAACUCAAAAUAUGCAAUAAUCUGGGAAGCAGCUCGCGCUGGACUCCUCGCGGCAAACCGAGAACAAACUACAGUGUGUUCUUUCAUUAGGAAGACAGCGCAUUUCCAGCGGGAUCCGGCCACAGGGCUUCGCUUGACUAACGAGCAGCAAUGAGCUUUUUUGGUUUUGGUCAGAGUGCGGACAUAGAUAUAGUUCUGAAUGACGCCGAAACGAGAAAGAAAGCUGAGCACAGAAGCGAAGACGGCAGGAAAGACAAAUAUUUCCUUUUCUACGACGGGGAAACUGUUUCCGGAAAAGUCAACGUUACACUCAAAUACCCGGGAAAGAGGCUGGAGCAUAAUGGCAUCAAAAUCGAGUUUAUCGGCCAGAUAGAAAUGUACUAUGACAGGGGGAAUCAUCACGAGUUUGUGUCUCUGGUGAAAGACUUGGCUCGACCAGGGGAGCUCACACAGUCACAGACGUUUGACUUUGAGUUCACACAUGUGGAGAAACCCUACGAAUCAUACACUGGUCAGAACGUCAAGUUACGCUACUUUCUCAGGGCGACAGUAGGCCGGAGACUCAACGACAUCAGCAAAGAGUUGGAUCUUGUGGUUCACACACUCAGCACCUACCCCGAGCUGAACUCCUCCAUCAAGAUGGAAGUUGGCAUUGAGGACUGUCUACACAUAGAGUUUGAGUACAAUAAGUCCAAGUAUCACCUAAAAGAUGUUAUUGUAGGGAAGAUUUACUUCCUCCUAGUGAGGAUUAAGAUCAGACAUAUGGAGAUUGACAUCAUCAAGCGGGAGACAACUGGCACAGGCCCUAACGUCUACCAUGAGAAUGACACCAUAGCAAAGUAUGAAAUAAUGGAUGGUGCCCCCGUCAGAGGAGAGUCCAUCCCCAUCAGGCUGUUUCUGGCAGGCUAUGAGUUGACCCCCACAAUGAGGGACAUUAACAAGAAGUUUUCUGUGCGGUACUACCUUAAUCUGGUCCUCAUAGAUGAAGAGGAAAGACGCUAUUUCAAACAGCAGGAGAUCACACUGUGGAGGAAAGGCGACAUUGUGAGGAAGAGUAUGUCUCAUCAAGCCGCCAUUGCCUCGCAGCGCUUUGAAGGUACCUCCAAUCCAGAGAAGUUCCUCGGCCAUAACGCCGAGGAAGACACCGGCUAAAACCCAGCAUGUGCUGCAGCGAGCGUCCGAACAGAGACAGCGCACGGACGUCAGUCUGAACUCUUAAUGUGAAAAUCACUCGUUUGCAUCGAGACAAAAUGCACUGCAGUGUUUGUCACAGCUGGAGUAGUGUGCUGAGCGUGUGUGUGUGUGUGUG